GUCAUGCAACGCCCGUCUAUCUCCACAGACCACAGCCACCACGUCGGUUUCGCCGCCUUCGGCCUCGUCUAAAAAGUUGUCGUCGUCGUCGUCCGCGUGUCCGUCCGGGGAAAGCAACUAAAUUACGCGCGCGCACCACCACCGCCCAAGAUCCGCCGAUGUCCACGCCCGUCCCGGCCGACGCGCCGGCGCCGGAAGCGGCCGCCGUCGAUGGCGUCGGCGAGCAGCAAGAGCCGGCCGCCGGCGGCGUGAGGUCGAUGGUGGAGCGGUGGAAGAUGGAGGGCGCGCCGGCGCGGGCGCGGCUGCUGCUCCGGGCGCUCGCGUGGCUCUUCUCCCUCCUCGCCCUCGUCGUCAUGGCGUCCAACCAGCACGGCGGCAGCCAAGACUUCCGCCAGUACCCCGAGUACAACUACUGCCUGGGCAUCUCCAUCGUGGCGUGGCUGUACGCCACGGCGCAGGUCCUGCGCGACGCCCACCGGCUCGGCUCCGGGCGGGACCUGAUCGGGACGAGGAAGGCGUCGGCCCUCGUCGACUUCGCCGGAGACCAGGUCGUCGCUUACUUCUUGAUAUCUGCCAUGUCCGCGGCGGCGCCGGUGACGGACUACAUGCGCCAGAAAGCGGACAACCUGUUCACCGACUCGGCGGCGGCGGCCAUCAGCAUGGCCUUCUUCGCCUUCGUGGCCAUCGGCCUCUCUGCUCUCGUCUCCGGGUACAGCCUUUCCAUGGAAGUCCUUGUAUAGUCUCCUGCACAUACAAUUCUCACUUCUCUCCUGUCACAAUGUCACAUUACAUGAUUACAAAUUACAAUAGUGUGCAUAUACACCUCCAAUUGAUUGGUGAUCGUUGAUUAAUAAGUCAGUAAACGAGAGUGUUAAUAUUUUUGUAACUUAAGGUCUGUAUGGAAUCAUUGAUGCCAGAAUCCUACUAAGUAGAUAGAUCUGUUUGAUUAGAACUGUUUAAUUUACAUAGACCUGAAGAAUAUGCAUAUGCUCUCCCCGGAUCAUGUCCCCCAAAACAGCCUUUGCUGCUGGGAGAGGCUAAGUAUACAAAUAAUCGGUCGAAAGAAUAAGAGAAGAAUGGGUUAAAAAAAGAUUAUGAGCAUAUACUAUACAGCAGGGGCGGAGCUGCCCUUUAGCAUUGGGGUCGUCAGACCCCGACGAAUUUCAGCAUAUCCUAUAGAAAAUUACUGUACACUAUGGUAGAUGACCCCAUUAUCCAACACUGCAGACCCCGGUGAGAUUUUCGGCCGGCUU